UUAUUCAGUUUCCCGCCUAUGAGAGGAUACCCCUAUUGUUCCUGAAAAUGCUGACCAGGACCAUACUUCCAGCAAAAAUCCCUCUGCCCCACAACUGCAGCAAAGGCAGGAACAGAAGCAACGGACGAGUGUUUGGAUGAACGGCAAGAUGGAUAGGGCUCGCAGUGCCCCCAGCCCUGCUGAUACCAAAUGCCUUUAAGACACAGCCUUUCCCAUCCUAAUCUACAAAGGAAACAGGAAAAAGGAACUUAAAACUCCCUGUGCUCAGACAGAAACGAGACUGUUACCGCCUGCCUCUGCGCUGUUCCUUCUUGCCUCCAACUUGUAAACAAGGGCUAGAAGACCAUGCGAGUGGGAAGUCGCAAAGCUCUGCGUUUUUGAAAGGCUCCUGGGGACCUCAUGCUCAUCUGUGGACGCUGGAUGGAGAGAUCUGGGGAAGCAUGGACUCUUUAGUUGGCUUACUGCUCUAUGGAGUCGGCUUGCUCCUUUCUGGAACAGUGGACGGUGCCAUGGAUCUGAUCUUGAUCAAUUCCCUACCUCUUGUGUCUGAUGCCGAAACAUCUCUCACCUGCAUCGCCUCUGGAUGGCACCCCCAUGAGCCCAUCACCAUAGGAAGAGACUUUGAAGCCUUAAUGAACCAGCACCAAGAUCCCCUAGAAGUUACUCAAGAUGUGACCAGAGAAUGGGCCAAAAAAGUUGUUUGGAAGAGAGAAAAGGCUAGUAAGAUCAAUGGUGCCUACUUCUGUGAAGGGCGAGUUCGAGGGCAGGCAAUAAGAAUACGAACCAUGAAGAUGCGCCAACAAGCUUCCUUCCUACCAGCUACUUUAACUCUGACUGUGGACAGGGGAGAUAAUGUGAAUAUAUCUUUCAAAAAGGUAUUAAUUAAAGAAGAAGAUGCAGUGAUCUACAAAAAUGGUUCCUUCAUCCAUUCAGUGCCCCGGCAUGAAGUACCCGAGAUUUUAGAAGUGCACCUGCCUCACGCUCAACCCCAGGAUGCUGGCGUGUACUCCGCCAGGUACAUAGGAGGAAACCUCUUCACCUCAGCCUUCACCAGGCUCAUAGUCCGGAGAUGUGAAGCUCAGAAGUGGGGUCCUGAUUGUAACCGUCCCUGUACUGCCUGUAUGAACAAUGGUGUCUGCCAUGAAGAUACCGGGGACUGCAUCUGCCCCCCAGGGUUUAUGGGGAGGACGUGCGAGAAGGCUUGUGAAGUGCACACAUUUGGCAGAACUUGUAAAGAAAGAUGUAGUGGACCAGAGGGAUGCAAGUCUUACGUGUUCUGUCUCCCAGACCCCUAUGGGUGUUCCUGUGCUACGGGCUGGAAGGGGCUGCAGUGCAAUGAAGUGUGCCAGGCUGGUUACUACGGACCAGAUUGUAAGCUCAAGUGCAGUUGUACCAAUGGGGAAAUGUGUGAUCGGUUCCAAGGAUGUCUCUGCUCUCAGGGAUGGCAAGGACUCCGGUGUGAGAAAGAAGGUAGACCAAGGAGGACCCCACAGAUAGAGGAUUUGCCAGAUCACAUAGAAGUAAACACUGGGAUAUUUAACCCCACCUGCAAAGCCUCUGGGUGGCCACUACCCACUAAUGAAGAAAUGACUCUGGUGAAACCAGAUGGGACAGUGCUCCAACCAAAUGACUUCAACCAAACAGAUCAUUUCUCAGUGGCCAUAUUCACCGUCCACCGAAUCCUUCCUCGUGACUCAGGAGUUUGGGUUUGCAGUGUAAACACAGUGGCUGGGAUGGCAGAAAAGCCUUUCAAUAUUUCUGUUAAAGUUCUUCCAAAGCCCCUGCAUGCCCCAAAUGUAAUCGACACUGGACACAACUUCGCCGUCAUCAACAUCAGCUCUGAACCUUACUUUGGGGAUGGACCAAUCAAAUCCAAGAAACUUCUCUACAAACCUGUUAAUCAUUACGAGGCCUGGAGACACAUUCAAGUGACAAAUGAGAUUGUUACACUCAACUAUUUGGAGCCUAGAACUGAAUACGAGCUCUGUGUGCAGCUGGUCCGUCGUGGAGAAGGUGGAGAAGGGCAUCCUGGACCCGUGAGACGGUUCACAACAGCUUCGAUUGGGUUGCCCCCUCCAACAGGUCUCAGGCUUCUCCCAAAAAGUCAGAACGAGCUGAAUUUGACCUGGCAUCCAAUAGUUACAAAUUCAGAUGAUGAAUUUUACGUCGAAGUUGAGAGGCGGUCCACUUCGCAAACAAAAAACGAUCACCAGAACAUUAAAGUCCUCGGGAACCUGACUUCAGUGCUGCUGAACCACCUGAAACCCAGGGAGCAGUACAUUGUCCGAGCUAGAGUCAACACCAAGGCCCAGGGGGAGUGGAGUGAAGAUCUCACCGCGUGGACCCUUAGUGACAUUCCCCCUGUUCAACCAGAAAACAUCAAGAUCUCCAACAUCACAGACUCCUCAGCCGUGGUUUCUUGGACAAUAGUGGAUGGCUAUUCUAUUUCUUCCAUUAUCAUCCGCUACAAGGUUCAGGAUCAGAAUGAAGAUCAGCACAUCGAUGUGAAGAUCAAGAAUGUAACCAUCAAUCAGUACCAGCUUAAGGGCCUAGAGCCCGAGACCACCUAUCAAGUGGACAUCUUUGCUGAGAACAACAUAGGAUUGAGUAACCCGACCUUUUCUCACGAACUGGUGACUCUCCCACAAGAUCAAGCCUCUGCAGACCUUGGAGGAGGGAAGAUGCUGCUUAUAGCCAUCCUUGGCUCGGCUGGGAUGACCUGCCUGACCGUGCUGUUAGCCUUCCUGAUCAUGUUGCAGCUGAAGACAGCAAAUGUCCAAAGGAGAAUGGCACAGGCCUUCCAGAACGUGAGAGAAGAACCAGCUGUGCAGUUCAACUCAGGAACUCUGGCCCUGAACAGGAAGGCCAAAAACAACCCGGAUCCCACAAUUUAUCCCGUGCUUGACUGGAAUGACAUCAAGUUUCAAGAUGUGAUUGGGGAGGGCAACUUCGGCCAGGUUCUGAAGGCACGCAUCAAGAAGGAUGGGUUGCGGAUGGACGCUGCCAUCAAGAGGAUGAAAGAAUAUGCCUCCAAAGAUGACCACAGGGACUUCGCAGGGGAACUAGAGGUUCUUUGUAAACUUGGACACCACCCAAACAUCAUCAAUCUCUUGGGGGCCUGUGAACAUCGAGGCUACUUGUACCUGGCCAUCGAGUACGCCCCCCACGGAAACCUCCUGGACUUCCUGCGCAAGAGUCGAGUCCUGGAGACAGACCCUGCCUUUGCCAUCGCCAACAGCACGGCUUCCACGCUGUCCUCCCAGCAGCUCCUUCAUUUUGCAGCAGACGUGGCACGGGGGAUGGACUACUUGAGCCAAAAGCAGUUUAUCCACAGGGACCUGGCCGCCAGGAACAUUCUAGUCGGUGAAAACUACAUAGCCAAAAUAGCUGAUUUCGGAUUGUCACGAGGUCAAGAAGUGUAUGUGAAAAAGACAAUGGGAAGGCUCCCGGUGCGCUGGAUGGCAAUCGAGUCACUGAACUACAGCGUAUAUACAACCAACAGUGAUGUAUGGUCUUAUGGUGUAUUGCUCUGGGAGAUUGUUAGCUUGGGUGGUACCCCCUACUGUGGGAUGACAUGUGCAGAACUCUAUGAGAAGCUGCCCCAGGGCUACAGGCUGGAGAAGCCGCUGAACUGUGAUGACGAGGUCUAUGAUCUGAUGAGACAGUGCUGGAGGGAGAAGCCUUACGAGAGGCCAUCGUUUGCUCAGAUACUGGUGUCCUUAAACAGGAUGUUAGAAGAACGGAAGACUUACGUGAACACCACGCUGUAUGAGAAGUUUACCUAUGCUGGAAUUGACUGCUCGGCUGAAGAAGCAGCCUAAAAUGGAACACCUUCAUCUGCAAUUACUGUUCCUUCCACUGGCCGGAAAGAGCUGAUACCUGCACUAAGCAAGCUGCCCUCUGCCGAGAGACGUGACGAGGAAGUGUGUGCACUGCUGUUUGCCCUUCAACACAGAGCCCAUGUGGAUCUGCAGUGCGAGCUGGCUCAAAUAUGACUGUAUAUACUGCUCCAGGAAAGAAUGUGCUGAAGUCAGAAUGCCUGUUUGUGGUUUCAUAUAAUAUAUUUUUCUAAAAAUGUGGACUGCAUAGGAAGGUGUGAGUGCAGUGACUAUUGCAUAACUCGUUCUUGUCCUAGAUGUUUUUGAUAUUUACCUUUAUAGUUGAAUGCUGUAAAAUGUUUUGCCGUGUAUACAUAAAAUACUGUAUAAACCACCACUCCCUUGAUAGUGCAGCGAGGGUAAUGUAUGAAUUGUAAUAGAAUGUGGGUGCUGCCUAAGAAGCUGGGCACUCCGAGUGGGAACAGAGAUCCUCUCACCUCUGCCCCUCGCCUGCAGAAUCCGGCUCAUUUGGUCAUAUUUUGUCCUGGGCUUCUACAACAUGAAUCAUUCCAAAAUGUUAACAUCUGGGAAAUUUCUUUGAAGACUAAGCACCUUUAGAGAAGCUUAAGUAAGGUCAGUAAAUACAUUAGUGGGGCUUGCUUUUAGUUUCUCUGGUAAUAUGUUGUAUAUUUUAAGAAAUAAAACUAGAAAUUCAGGAGUAA